GCGAGGGGUUUUACCGAGAGCUCGGGCGCGCAGAAAGACUGUUGUUGAUGAUGAGGAUGAUGAUGAUGAUACUGACGACUGACGUUGCCUCUGGGUCACGUGAUCCUACUCGGCCCACACGUGCGUUAGUAUUAAUGUUUGUGCGCAUGCGCGGCAGUGUGACUUCGCCGUAGAAUACUAACGCAUGCGCAAUGCAAGAAGACUGACGUCAUAUCAAGAUGGCUGCCCACUCUGAGAACAGCACAGAGGUGACUCUGAUCCUGGACCCAGAGAAGAGCACAUAUCUGGGUCAUGCUCCUCUGUACCAAUCAGCUGAUGACCCUAACACAUACUACCUUGAUGAAGCCCUGACUGUGAAAGUGAACUUGUAUACCACUGUAACCAAGCAAGAGGAUACAGUGUAUAUCCUGGAUUCUGCACCCCUGCCCCAAAACGAAACCUUUAACAAAGAGCAAACCCUCUUUCUGAUCGAUUUAAUGCGGCAGCAGCUGGAGGCAGAAGGAGAAAGUGUCCUUCGAGCUUUAAAGGAGCUGAAUCCCAGAAUAAAGUCGGGUAAAAGCCGGAAAAAACACAUGUGGAGGGAGAUAACAUCUAGACUUUCCAAACACUUUCAGCAAAUCUUCCAUCCUGAUCAUGUGGUAAGAACGUGGUAUGCUCUUGAGGACGAAUACAAAAAAGUGAAAGACGAUAAUAGAACAACUAAACAAGAAGCCGUGAGCUUCCAGUAUUUUAAUGAGAUGGAAGAGCUGCUGGGUGGGCAUCAUGAUGUGGAGUUUCCUGUUGUUGGCACAGUGAAGGGUGUAGAGGUGCGCAGACCAAAGGCUUUGAAUGUGGAUUGUGGUAGAGACUCACCCGCGAUGGCGCACACAGAGGAGGCUACGCCUGCAGCGACGCCGACAGCUUCAGCGACGUUGACAAGACCACCUCCGUUCAAACGCAAGAGAACCAACAAACACUAUUUGGCUCUUCUGGACUUUUUAAAAGAAUCUACAGCAGCACGUCAGCGACGCCAUGAGGAAACUCUGGCCCAGAUGAAAUCUGCGCAGGAUGGGUUUGAGGCAUUAAUGAACAGAUUCCUGGACAAACUUUGACCUUCUCUCUGUCCCUCCCUAAAAUUGACUUCUUUCCUUGCUUAUUUCUUACAAACACUGUAAAAUGUUACUAACAUAGCAUAAAAAAAAUAUUUUAUACUGAUUUAGGGUUUAUUUUUCUUACCUACUGACAUAACCUUUGAUUUCCUGAAGAUAUUCCCAAAACCUGAAGUAAUAACGUUUACAAACUCGUAUUUCUUUUCGAUGACGAUUUGUUUCCUUGUGCCGAAGCAUUAUUGCUGUUUUUUUAUUUACUUCUUUGCAACUGCAAAUGAUUUGUGUCAUAAAAACGAAAUAAAACCUUAAGCACUCCAAA